CUAACCUAGCUGGAAGUAGCAAAGCCGUGCUUAUUUGACAAACCACUGGGUUCUGAGUUCAUUGCUAGAGGAAAACUGUUCUCUCCUGGGGCACAGAGCACCUUGCUUCAGAGCAGUCCUGCUAGCUCGGGAGUCCAGUCAGCCAAACUCAUCCCAGAGGGGGAUGGCUACCUCUGCCCUGCAAUACGCCGGACUGGUGCUUGGUGGUGUUGGCAUGGUGGGCACAGUGGCUGUCACCAUCAUGCCUCAGUGGAGAGUGUCUGCCUUCAUUGGAAGCAACAUUGUGGUCUUUGAAACCAUCUGGGAAGGACUGUGGAUGAAUUGCAUAAGGCAAGCUAACAUCAGAAUGCAGUGCAAAAUUUAUGACUCCCUGCUGGCUCUGUCUCCGGACCUACAGGCAUCCAGAGGACUCAUGUGUGCUGCUUCCGUGCUGUCCUUCCUGGCUUUCAUGACGGCCAUCCUGGGCAUGAAGUGCACCCGGUGCACUGGGGACGACGACAAGGCGAAGGGUCAUGUCCUGCUCGUGGCUGGAAUCAUGUUCAUUAUCACAGGUCUGGUGGUGCUCAUCCCUGUGAGCUGGGUUGCCAACUACAUCAUCAGUGACUUCUAUAACCCAAUAGUGGAUAACGGCCAAAAACGUGAGCUUGGAGAAGCCCUCUACCUAGGCUGGACCACGGCGCUGGUGCUGUUGGCUGGAGGGGCUAUAUUCUGCUGUGCUUCUUGUGGCGAGGAAAAGAGCAGUAGCUACAGAUACUCCAUACCUUCCCAUCGCACACCCCCAAAAAGCUAUCACGUGGAAAAGAAGUCACCAAGCGUGUACUCCAAAAGUCAGUAUGUGUAGUUGUGUGUAUGUUUUAAACCCAUGCAAAUGACUAAAAUGUCCACUAUUUUCCAAAAAUGGAACCUAAAGGAACAUUGACUUGCCAUUCUUAAGUGCUGAACAUUAAUUGCAGGAACUGUGCAUCAGCUAUUUAUGAUUCUAUAAGCCGUUUCAGCAGAAUAAUGAGAUACACAGUGCUUUGAUGGUUUUAGGAAGUGCAGUCAGUUUUCUAAAAUGGUUCAUGCGUCUUUUCCUUUUAUCAGUUACUUCAAAAUGACAUUGUUAAUGACUAUUAUUUUAUAACUGUGAUUUCUCUAUGACAGCAUUCUGUACGUAGAUGAGAGUGACGUUUAUAUCUCACAUAAAUAGAGACAGGCUUAUAUGGUUGUAUUUUAAAUGAAACACUGAUCCAUUACACUGAAUAAAUAGAAUUCAACUAUUGCUUUUUAGGGAACUCGGGGAUAAGGCUGAAGAUGGUUAAUAUUAAAUGUUUAAAAACAGCUUAGCAAUUAAUGCACUUGAUUUAUAAUGAAGAUUAAAAAGAAGGCUUUAAUCAGCUGUAUAAAGGAAACUAAAUGGCUUUUUGAUAUCCUGUUUUCCUAGCUUCUUUAUACUUUUUCCCUAGAGGCCUUCCUUUUCUUGUAUAUUAAAUGAACAUUUUUUAAAAGGCAGAUAUUCUGUUAAGAGGCUUUGCAUUCAAAUGGCUUUCCAGAGCUAUGCUAAGAAGAAAGAGAAAACUGGGAUCUAUGUAAACAUGAAAGACUUCAGGAAAGUGAAAAAUUUUCUUCCUCUUAAAUUUUUGUGGUUGGGGAAAGAGGCAUUUUGACAAGAAAUCAUAUGUGUAUGUGAAUAUUUUAAUAACUACUUAAAUAAAGACUUUGGGUUUUUAUCAAUGUAAAUAACAGGACAGGAAAAUAAUGUAUUGUUUUGUUUGCUCUCCAAAAAAUAAAAACAAACUGUACUUUAUGAACUCCAUCUUCUCCUAUGUGGAUUCCUACGUCAAAAUUGUCAUCUCAGUUGUCAAGAUAAAUUUUUUACUUAUUCUAUUUUUAUUCGGUUUUGCUAAGGUAUAGAAAUAUGAUAUCUUUGUGUUUCCCCCAAAUUUGAUGCAAUUGUUCAUCCAGUUUGAAAGUUUAUAUCUACAUUUUUCCAGUUUAAGUGACUAUGUAUAUUAUCUGCUUUAUAUCCUUUGUAUUAAUAAAUUUUUCUUUUAUAUUAAUUUGA